CGCAACAUUUUAGACUCAGUCAAUUAAGCUGCACACAAAGUAAGAGAACGAAAGUAAGGAACAUCCUGUGUUUUUUUAAUAUUGUUACGUGAAUUUUUUUCGCUCUUGGAUCGUUUGAUUUAUUUAGAAAACUAAAAUAACUUCACGUUUGGGGGUUUUGUUAACUUUUUCACCUUUGUUGUUAAUUUAUCACACCGAAUUGCUCCAAAGACAUGGAGAACUACUUACACACAUGACUAAUUUACCUCGCAAACGUUUUAUAUAAUAAAAUAAAAAUUAUACAGUGUUCGAAUACAGAAACUGGUAUCACAGCGCUUUAAACAUAAAAUAUUCAAGUGAUUGAUAAAAUUCGAUCCCUGAACGCCGCCAUUCAGCAACAACUUAUACACGAAUUUCACCAACACGGUGUUCAAAUGGGGUCACCCAAACUGAAUGAAUGACUAAAUACUCUUCCAAUAGCAUGUGAAAUUCGUCCUGGACGAAUUUAGAUAUAUUCAGAUUGGUGAAUGAAAAACAUUUUGUAAUUCGUUACUCUUUGGACCGCAGCGAGACAAAGUGGCAAAGUAGGCCUAACCAUCAACGGCCCAUUUCAGAUUUGAUUUUUCAAUUGAUUUUUCAAUUAUAGUUUUAAACAUCCGGCCCUGUAAUGGAAGACUAUAAUAUUUCCGUUCUGGUUGGAUGAGACUGUUCAUUUUUAGCUAUAGGCCUUGGAUUAGGCAGCACAGGCCUUACAAGUUACAGGCUAAUAGACAACAUUGACCCUCGAAUGUAAACUGUUUUCCAGUAGGCCUAAUGAACGCAUUCUUUAAAAGGCAAAAACUCUGCAGUGUCCAGGCGAGUGUAAUAUUUUUCUUAUUCCUUUUUUUUAACAAGAAACUUACGAAUCGCUAAGGCUGCUUGAUAUUCAGCGCGAACGCGAAUUAAUGACGUCACUAAUUCCAGAUGUAAAGAACACAAAUAAACGCUUUCAAUAUAUCGGCCGUGAAUCAUCAUGUGAACAGCGAAAGCUACAUGACGUCAUGCCAUUUUCAAAUCCCUACUUCCUCUCAGCUACGGCUUUCUUUCGGAAUUCAAGAUGAGUUGCUAGCAUUCCUUGUCUGGACCAGCUGGGAAAGCUCCAAAUCUUGGUCUGAAAUUAGCUAACUUCUCUGCCUCUGUUACGCUGAACAGAGCCGCUUUGAGUCUUGACUAGAGGCCUUGAUCCGAAAAUGGGACGACGGACGAACCACGAGUUCUUUGCUUCUAAUUCUGCGCGAAGUUAGUUUGGCUGGUACCCAGCCAUAUCCAACAUUUUCCGAAAUCAUAUAUAGGCAUCGAGAACCGACUAACUACAACGCACAUGGCGGCUUGCCAGAUUGGUGGUGUUCUCUCCAACAGGUCCCAAUUUCAUCACCAGUUUCGAAAAAAAUCGAAGUGAUUUUAUUAAGAACUUGUGUCAUCUUGGAAGCAAACAAGCUGCCUUCGCUUGGGGAAAUUUUGGCUCCGUUUUCUUCUUUCUCUGAUGAAAAAAACAAAGGAAUCCUCAAAGCCGUCUUUGUGCUUGGAGACUCCACGUGUGUGCUGCUUGUUUCGUCGUGCUGUCACGGGUCAAAGGUCGGGGUGCGGUAUAUUUGGCGCGUGUUGACUCAUCUCGCGGGAAAUUCAGAACAUCGUAAUCAGAUUCAGCGUGGACUUGUCUGUUUAGUUGCCUUUGAUGGUCAAGUCUGCAUAGGCCUAGUACUAACACAAGACGAAGACCUUUAGCAGCUCAGAUAUGGCUGCUACGCUUUAUUUGGAGGAUGGAACUAGUUUUUCUGGAAAACUUUUUGGGGCGAGUGUCAGCGUCCCAGGUGAAGUUGUUUUCCAGACUGGAAUGGUUGGCUACCCUGAAUCCUUGACUGACCCCUCUUACAAGUCACAAAUUCUGGUCCUGACAUAUCCUCUGAUUGGCAACUAUGGUGUCCCACCUCAUGAGCGAGAUGAGCUAGGCCUACCCAAGUGGUUUGAGUCAGAAAAGAUCCAUGUCUCUGCUUUGGUUGUGGGAGAGUUAUCAGAAAAGUACAGUCACUGGGCUGCCAAGAAGUCACUCAGUGACUGGCUGAAGGAAUACAACAUCCCAGGAAUAUCAGGUGUUGACACCAGAGCUCUGACUAAAAAGAUCAGAGAGAGUGGCACCAUGCUUGGAAAGAUUGUUGUUGAAGGAACCAGUCCUGAGUCAAUUCCCUUUGAGGAUCCAAAUCUCCGGAAUUUGGUGGCUGAAGUUUCCUCAAAGGAACCAAGAGUGUUGAAUCCUAAGGGCUCAGUUAAGAUUGUUGCCUUAGAUACAGGAAUUAAAUUCAACCAGCUGAGACUACUGGCUGAUUGUGGUGCAUGCAUUGAGGUGGUGCCCUGGAACCAUCUAUUGAACAGCCAAGACUAUGAUGGCCUGUUCCUCAGCAACGGACCUGGUAACCCAGAGAUGUGUUUGGAGUCUAUACAACACAUUCGACGUAUUCUCAAUGAGUCCAACCCUAAACCGGUAUUCGGUAUCUGCCUAGGACAUCAGCUCAUCUCUUUGGCACUGGGAACUGGCUCCUUCAAGAUGAAAUAUGGCAAUCGAGGCCACAACCAGCCAUGCACCCACAAUGGCACUGAUCGUUGCUACAUCACCACACAGAACCACGGCUUUGCCAUUGACCCAUCCAAGCUACCUGCUGAUUGGUCAGUCCUGUUCACCAAUGCCAACGAUGGGACCAAUGAGGGCAUUGUACACAACACCAAACCACUGUUUGCUGUGCAGUUCCAUCCUGAGAAUAUGGGUGGGCCUCGGGAUCUAGAGUUUCUCUUCAAAAUCUUCAUUGACACAGUUAGGGAUCACAAGGAAGGCCUAGCUAGCCAAAAAAUGUCGGUGCGUGAGCGUAUUCACACUGCCAUGAUGUUCAAGCCAUUGCCUGGCACCCCAACAGCAGACAACCCACCCAAGAAGGUCAUGAUCCUAGGGUCAGGGGGUUUGUCGAUUGGCCAAGCAGGGGAGUUUGACUACUCAGGAUCACAGGCCAUCAAAGCACUGAAGGAAGAAGGCAUACAAUCCGUCUUGAUCAAUCCAAACAUUGCCACUGUGCAGACGUCCAAAGGAAUGGCAGAUCGUGUUUACUUCCUGCCAAUUACUCCUGAGUAUGUGGCACAAGUUAUAGAGAGUGAACGUCCAGAUGGUAUCCUGCUGAACUUUGGUGGUCAGACUGGCCUGAAUUGUGGUGUCCAACUGACCAGCUCUGGUGUGCUGGACAAGUACAAUGUUAAGGUCCUGGGCACACCGGUCAAAUCCAUUAUUAACACAGAGGACAGGAAGAUAUUUGCCGACAAGAUGGAGGAGAUUGGAGAACAGGUUGCUCCCAGCCAGGCUGCCUAUUCUGUGGAUCAGGCCAUUGAAGCAGCUGAGAAGAUUGGUUACCCUGUCAUGGUACGUGCAGCCUAUGCCUUAGGAGGCUUGGGUUCAGGCUUUGCCAACUCGAAGGCGGAGCUUGUUCCCCUGGCAACUGCUGCCUUCGCACACACUAACCAAGUACUGGUGGACAAGUCACUGCGUGGAUGGAAGGAGGUUGAGUACGAGGUUGUCAGGGAUGCCUUUGAUAACUGUGUUACGGUUUGUAACAUGGAGAAUGUAGACCCCUUGGGCAUUCACACUGGUGAAUCCAUCGUAGUAGCUCCAAGCCAGACACUGACAAACACUGAAUAUAACAUGCUACGUACAGCCGCCAUCAAGGUCAUUAGACACCUUGGGGUUGUAGGAGAAUGUAACAUACAGUAUGCUUUGAACCCACAGUCACAGCAGUAUUACAUCAUUGAGGUCAACGCCCGCUUGUCUCGUAGCUCUGCACUGGCUAGCAAGGCCACUGGUUACCCCCUGGCUUACAUUGCAGCCAAGCUGGCACUCGGUAUCCCGUUGCCUAAGCUGACAAACUCUGUGACUGACUCCACCACAGCCUGCUUUGAGCCAAGCCUGGACUACUUGGUUGUGAAAAUCCCCCGCUGGGAUCUAAAGAAAUUCACCAAAGUCAGCAAGAAGAUUGGCAGUUCCAUGAAGAGUGUAGGUGAAGUGAUGGCAGUAGGACGUUGCUUUGAGGAAGCUUUCCAGAAAGCCCUACGCAUGGUCAAUGAGAAUGUCAACGGCUUUGACUGGGACAUCCAGAAAGUUUCAGACGAGAUUCUUCAAACACCUACCGACGAACGCAUCUUUGUCCUGUCUGCAGCCCUCAAGGCUGGCUAUUCCAUUGACCACCUCUACUCCCUGACCAAGAUUGACCACUGGUUCCUUCACAAAUUGCGCAAUAUUGUUGACUGUGGAGAACGACUGGAAGCAUUACGGGGAACCAAGCUGACCCGUGAUACACUCUUAGAGGCCAAACAGUUAGGCUUCUCUGACAAACAGAUUGGCAAGCUCAUAGAGAUGACAGAGCUGGCUGUUCGGAACAUCCGUCACUCCUAUGACAUCAGGCCACAUAUCAAGCAGAUUGACACUGUGGCAGCUGAGUGGCCAGCCAGCACCAACUACCUAUACCUGACCUACAAUGGAAAUGGCCAUGACCUGGACUUCCCUGGUGAUUUUGUCAUGGUGAUUGGCUCAGGGGUAUAUCGCAUUGGUAGUAGCGUGGAGUUUGAUUGGUGUGCUGUGGGCUGUAUUUCAGAGCUCAGAAGGCUGGGCAUGAGGACUGUCAUGGUCAAUUACAACCCAGAGACUGUCAGCACAGACUAUGACAUGUGUAACCGUCUUUACUUUGACGAGAUCUCCUUUGAGGUGGUUAUGGACAUCUAUGAGAUAGAGAACCCUAGAGGUGUGAUCCUGUCCAUGGGAGGUCAACUACCCAAUAACAUUGCCAUGCAGCUGCAUCGUCAGCAGUGUCGAAUUCUGGGUACAUCACCAGAGAGCAUCGACACAGCUGAGAAUCGCUUCAAAUUCUCCCGUCUGCUGGACACCAUUGGGCUGAACCAGCCUCAGUGGAAGGAACUCACCAACUUGGAGGCUGCCAAGGAGUUUUGCAUUAAAGUGGGUUAUCCAUGUCUGGUACGUCCUUCCUAUGUGCUUAGUGGUGCAGCCAUGAAUGUUGCCCAUACUCAUCAUGAUCUAGAGGCUUACCUGUCAGAAGCAGCAGCUGUCAGCAAAGACCAUCCUGUGGUCAUCUCCAAGUUCAUCCUGGAAGCCAAGGAAAUCGAUGUGGAUGCUGUGGCCAAAGAUGGACAAAUCAUUGCCAUGGCGAUCUCUGAGCACGUUGAAAAUGCUGGAGUUCACUCAGGUGAUGCCACCUUGGUCACUCCCCCUCAGGACCUGAACCAGGAAACCAUUGAUAAGAUCUUCAGCAUCACCACGGCAAUAGGCCAGAAACUGGAGGUCAAUGGACCUUACAAUCUGCAGCUUAUUGCAAAGGACAACCAGCUGAAGGUGAUUGAGUGUAAUCUUCGUGUCUCCCGCUCCUUCCCUUUCGUCUCCAAGACCUUGGAUAUUGACUUUGUUGCCUUGGCAACAGAGGUUGCCAUUGGUGAACCUGUUGAAAGUGUUGGUGCCCUUGCUGCAGGCACAGGAAAAGUUGGUGUGAAGGUUCCCCAGUUUUCAUUCUCUCGUUUGGCUGGUGCCGACAUACUCCUUGGUGUUGAGAUGGCGAGUACUGGUGAAGUGGCAUGCUUUGGAGAGGAUCGUUAUGAGGCAUACUUGAAGGCCAUGCUGAGUACAGGCUUCAAGAUACCAAAGAAGAACAUUUUGCUGUCGAUAGGCAGCUACAAGGGUAAAGUAGAGCUUUUGCCUGCUGUGCGUACCUUAGAGAACAUGAAGUAUGAGUUGUAUGCCAGCAUGGGUACAGCUGACUUCUAUAGCGAGCAUGAUAUUAAGAUCAAGGCUGUUGAUUGGCCGUUUGAGGACACCGGUGAACGACGCAAUAAAGACCAGGAGUUGAACAUUGGUGACUACCUGGCUGAGAAGCACUUUGACCUGGUCAUUAACCUGCCCAUGCGUAACGGCGGCUCACGCCGGGCAUCGUCUUUUGUCACUCGUGGUUACCGAACACGACGUAUGGCUAUUGACAAGUCAAUUCCACUGAUCACAGAUGUGAAGAAGGCAAAGCUGUUCAUUGAGGCUUUGCGACGUAUUGGUGGUGCCCCCUGCCUCAAGACCAAUGUGGACUGUAUGACCUCCAAUCGUAUUGUACGACUGCCUGGCCUAAUUGAUGUCCAUGUUCACUUGAGGGAACCAGGAGCAACCCACAAGGAAGACUUUGCCUCAGGGACAGCCGCUGCCUUGGCUGGUGGUAUCACCAUGGUGGGAGUUAUGCCCAACACUAGCCCUGCUGUCACUGAUAAACCUUCCUUCCUACUUGCACAGAAGCUGGCACGUUUGGGAGCCCGCUGUGAUUAUGGUCUGUAUGUUGGAGCAGCUGCCAAUAAUAUCAAUGACCUGGUCAGCAUUGGUCCUAAGGCCAUGGGGCUCAAGAUGUACCUCAAUGAUACCUUCACCACAUUGCGAAUGGACAAUGUCUGCCUAUGGCAAGAGCAUUGUAAGAACUGGCCCCACCACCCACCACUGGUUGCUCAUGCCGAGGGCUGCACCGUGGCAGCCAUCUUGUUCUUAGCUAGGAUGUUUGAUCGACCGAUCCAUAUCUGCCAUGUGGCUCGCAAGGAAGAGAUUGCGGUGAUUCGACUGGCCAAGGAGUCAGGUAUGAAUGUCACCUGUGAGGUUGCACCCCAUCACCUCUUCUUGACCUCUGGUGACCUGGAUAGCAAAGAUAACGUCAAGCCUCCGUUGUGCUCCCAGGAGGAUCAGAAUGCACUGUGGGAGAACAUGGAUAUCAUUGACUGCUUUGCUACUGAUCAUGCUCCACACACUGUAGAGGAGAAGGAGAGUGCUAAUCCUCCACCUGGUUUUCCUGGACUGGAAACCAUGCUUCCCCUCCUGCUCACUGCUGUCAAUGACGGACGUCUAACCAUGGAGGAUGUUGUUGAUCGCUUGUACCACAACCCCCGCCGUAUAUUUGGCUUGCCAGAGCAACGAGAUACCUACAUUGAGGUUGACAUGGACCAUGUCUGGACUAUCCCUAAAGCAAUGCAGUUCACCAAGAGCAAAUGGACACCUUUUGCUGGUUGGAAGGUCAAAGGUCAAUUGCGAAGGGUUGUCCUUAGAGGGGAAGUUGCUUUCAUUGAUGGUCAGGUCCUGGUCCUACCAGGUUUUGGUCGUGAUGUCCGCACAGUGACUGACAGUAUCGUCUUCCCAUCGACCAUGAAGCAUACUACCAGCUCUGGCCCAGUUCCUUCCAUCAGACCCCUGGCCGUCCAGGUGCCACCCUCAUCAGCUCCACCCUCUGCUCCCUCUUCCCCACAGAAGAUGAACAUAGAGCGUUCCGUUUUCAACCUUCCACCCAGGGUGCAUAGGGUAUCUGAGCACGGAGACAUCGGCUCACUGUCUCCAAAUGUCGCAGCAGGAGGUGCUGCGAAGGCUCUUACCUUCACACCCCCAACCCAGCCUCUCUCCACUCAGGCCACACCCCUAGCUGGUCAGGUGACAGCCUUGGAGUUCCAUCCUACUGCUGGUUCUAGCUUACUGUUCAACAAACACAUUCUCAGUGCCAGUCAGUUCACCAGAGAACAUCUGCAUCAUCUUUUCAAUGUUGCCCACUCUAUGCGCUUUGCUGUGCAGAGAGAAAGAAGCCUGGAUCAUAUACUCAAGGGUAAAGUGAUGGCCAGCAUGUUCUAUGAGGUCAGUACCAGAACUUCCUCAUCCUUUGCUGCCGCUAUGCAGCGCCUUGGAGGCACUGUUGUCUCCUUCACUGAGAACACCUCAUCACACAAGAAAGGAGAGACCUUGGCAGACACAGUCCAAAUGAUGGCUGGUUACUGUGACGUCAUUGUGCUACGUCAUCCAGAGCAGGAGGCUGCCCACACUGCGGCUAAGGUGUGUCGUAAACCUAUCCUGAAUGCUGGUAAUGGUGUUGGAGAACACCCAACACAAGCCCUGCUGGAUGUUUUCACCAUCAGAGAAGAAAUUGGAACAGUCAAUGAUCUAACGAUUACCAUGGUGGGUGAUUUGAAGCAUGGCCGCACUGUCCAUUCUCUAGCCCGUCUACUGACUCUGUAUCGAGUCAACCUGCGUUAUGUCUCCACCCAGGAUCUACAGAUGCCCAAGUCUGUCAAGGACUUUGUCAGUGAGCGUGGCAUUCCACAGGAGGAGUUUGGUAACAUUGAAGAAGCUCUACCAGAUACAGAUGUGUUGUACAUGACCAGGAUUCAACAAGAACGCUUUGCUAGCAAGGAGGAAUAUCAGGAGCAAUGUGGCAACUUUAUCCUGACCUCUCGCAUGAUGACCCGAGCCAAAGAGAAGAUGGUGGUUCUUCAUCCCCUACCUAGAAUCAAUGAAAUAAGUCAUGAUGUGGAUAGUGAUCCAAGAGCUGCAUACUUUCGUCAGGCUGAAUGUGGCAUGUAUGUUCGAAUGGCACUCCUUGCAACAGUACUUGGCAAGUGUUGAGGAGUCAUCAACAAAUCAAGGAUUGAGUCUUAGAAUCCAGCCUCAAUUAAAAUCACCACGUUUGUAUUUAAGAUAGCCACUAAACUGUACUUUGUACAGCCUUAGUUUCAAACUUCCAAUUUUUUCCUGAAGAAUUUGUGGCCUUUUACACCUCUUGUUUAUGCAAAAGAUAAUAAAAACCUAAGCAUUGUAAACUGCGACAGGAACUGUUUCUAACACCACUGAAUGUUCACUUGAAAGAGGACACUUUCCAUUGUUGAACAUUCCUUCAUAUUGUAUCCUUCGGACAUGUGACACAUGCAUCUGUUAUUUACAAAAACUUCAAAAUUUUAUCUAAAAGAAAAAACUGUGGCAAUGCCAAGACCUUUUUGUAUAGAUCAAAUAAUUAUUGGUCACUUCCUACAAGCGUAUACUUUACUCAUGACAAUAAGUAGUAGUAUUUUUCUUGCAGUUUUGGAAAAUUUCCCCGGUUGGAAUUGAUGCUGUUACUGACUCAAUAUUAUGACAAUUGUCCUUUGACAACUUUGUCAGUUGCCAGCAUUUUCUUGAUGGUAUGAGUGUCUUUUAGUUAUACUUGACAUUUGUUUCAGUUUCUGCCAUUCUUGUUCACAUAUAGGACCAAAAUAAAACAUAAGGCAAAUGGAAUUAGCAACAAGUUUGUAAAUAAUAUAACUUGAUUAGUGAUUUUAGUUGGUGAUCUUGUUUAAAGUUGCCUUGGGAACAAACCAGCAAUAUCUGAAGCUGAUGCCCCAGUGUACGUUGAAUCAUGAUAUUCUAUCUAGGUACCUCAUAAAAAAACAGGGUAAUUCUUUUUGGAAGCCUUUGUCACUGUGCCUUUUCUUUUUCUUGAUAAAGUGAAAAAAGUACAUUUUGUGAGAUUCAUGUAAGUAGAAGUUGACAUAUUUAGAUGUAGAUGUUGACAUAGACAGCAAGUGGUUCACCUAUAUGUAAAUGCAAUAGGUGAAAAGGCUACACUCUGCUUGAAAGUUUGAUUUAAUUUCACUGUAGUUUUUGAAAUAUAUGGGACCUAGCACAAAUAUUGCACAGCUAGCCAGUAUUUAACAUCUAGAGUAACUAAGUAGCAGAUUCGGUCUGAUGGGAUUUUGAUUAAGUUUAAACACUACAAAGUGAGAAAUAACAGGACUUGGAUAAUAAGCGACAUGCUUCUUUUUAAGGUUCUGUUUGUUAUUAGAAUAUGACUGGUUAUAUUUGAGCGUUUUUUGUGAAUUGAAAGUUGAGAGAUUUCUUGACUGAUUACACUGAAAAAAAUAUUGUCGGAAUAAAUAUCGAAUGUAUUUAAGUGGCAAAAGUAUGAAUGCAUCAUGUCUCUGAAAACAAAGUGAACAAGAACAAGCAUUCUUUCUUUGUAUUGACCUAUUGAACUGAAAUGUCAGGAGAAGUAGUGAGUGGCAAUAGUUCCCCUGCACCGUGUUUUGAGUUCGAACUUAGUGAGAGUUUGGACAUUACUACAUUCCAGUGAGGCUGUUAGCAUUAUUUUUGCAUCUUUCUGAGAGCACUGCCCUAAAUUGAGUAAGGUGUUGGUUUGGUAGACUUGAUAGUUGUAUCAACGUUUAAUAUCUUUGUUGUAGUAUUGUAAUGUUUAUGUCUUUCAUAUGGAAGGAGGACCUGGCAAAUUACUUGGAACAAAAGAAAUAAUCAAAAUAUCUUGUGAAACGAUCACCCGAUAACCUUUCAAGUAAUUGCAUAUUCUGUUACCUGACAUUGAACUCAAAAGAUAAUGUAAUUAACUAGUGUGUAUUUGCAUUUGUUGAAUGUUAUUCCAUAUAGUUAUUUGGAAUGUGGUUUGGAUUAAUUCGGCUUUUAAUGGCAAAUACUCAAGUAAUAUUCUUACAAACCUAAUGCUAUGAGGAAUGAUCAACCUUUUAUCAGUGGUUAUGGGAAUUCGGGAAAAGCAGUGUUUGCCUCUCACUGAAAACGAGAGAACGAGCAAAUGCAAUACGGGCCUUUCACAGGAGUGCGCCCCAAGAGUUUGACCAAUCACAGUGCGCGAAAUCUGUCAACCCAAAAUGGGCCUUUGGAAAGGGUCGACAGAUUUCGGGCCUUGGGUCAACGCGUUGCAAACUCUUGGAGGCGCCCUUUUGUGAAUCGCCCGUACGGGAGUUUAAACCGAUCGACAUACAGUUUAGGAUUGAACGGGGUCCUCCUUAUUUACAUCAAAACAUGGAAUCUGCGGGCCCAUGUUAAUGCGUGGUUAGUGCCUCGUUACAAAAGGCGUCACACUUAAUAUAAUGCGAGAAUACUCAAGUUGAAUCUGAAAAAUAAAUGUUCGGGAUGCCACUCGCAGAAAGUUCGGAUAUACGCAUUGGAUUCCUUCGCAAAAAAAUAGAUAUAAUCAGAAUGCAGGUCAUUUGAUAAAAAAGAAACGUCGGUUAUGUCAUACAUUCCAUAGGUGGACUGAUUCAUUUUGCUGUUUUUCAUUUUUCCUCUGUGGUUCUUGUAUUUUCCUCUUAAGUUGGGUUGGUGGAUUGAAAAACAAGAACUGAAAAUUGCAGACACAUCGGGGACCUUUAAAUGUCUUAAUGUAA